GCAGCCUCCGCGGCCAGCGCCGCGCUCCCGCCCGCGCCUCCCUAACAUGCAGCGGCGGCCGAGGGCCAGCAGCACCGUGCCGGUGAGCCAGCCCGGCCGGCAGACCUCCACUUAGCUGCCCGGCAGGCGUUAGGGAGGGCGAGCGAGGAGGGGGAUUUUUUUCCUUCUACUUUUUUUAUUUUUUUCGCCUGCCUUGCAGUACGUGCCUGGAUAGUUUGUGGAUAUAAUUACUGACUGGAAUCUGGGCUGUUGCAGUUGUACGUGGGGGGGAGAAAGGAGAGGAGAAACGAAAGCAUCCCCCCCCCUCCGCCGACCCUCCUUGCUCCCCCACACACAUUUUUUUUCCUCUCCCUUUGCUGGUGGUUCGGACAUUUAAUGUAUUGAAUGAACUGGAAUUGCUUUCCAUGUGAGGAGGAUGGUUGCUGUUACUUUGUGAUGAGAUCGGGAAUGAAUUGCUCGGUUUAAAAAUGCUGCUUUGGAUUCUGUUGCUGGAGACAUCUCUUUGUUUUGCUGCUGGAAACGUUACAGGGGACGUUUGCAAAGAGAAGAUCUGUGCCUGCAACGAGAUAGAAGGGGAUUUGCACGUAGACUGUGAGAAAAAGGGAUUUACCAGCCUGCAACAUUUCACCGCCCCAACUUCCCAAUUCUACCAUUUAUUCCUGCAUGGCAAUUCCCUGACUCGACUUUUCCCUAAUGAGUUUGCUAACUUUUACAAUGCGGUCAGUUUGCACAUGGAAAACAACGGUUUGCAUGAGAUUGUUCCUGGGGCUUUCCUUGGGCUGCAGCUGGUGAAACGCUUGCACAUAAACAACAACAAGAUCAAAUCGUUCAGGAAGCAGACUUUCCUGGGGCUGGACGAUCUGGAAUACCUCCAGGCAGAUUUUAAUCUGUUGCGGGAUAUUGACCCGGGAGCAUUUAGGGAUUUAAACAAGCUAGAGGUGCUGAUUUUAAAUGACAAUCUCAUCAGCACCUUGCCCCCCAACGUGUUUCAGUACGUGCCGAUCACCCACCUCGACCUCCGGGGAAACCGUCUUAAAACCUUGCCUUAUGAGGAGGUCCUGGAGCAGAUCCCAGGCAUUGCUGAAAUCCUGCUAGAGGAUAACCCCUGGGACUGCACUUGCGAUCUGCUGUCAUUGAAAGAAUGGCUGGAAAACAUACCUAAAAACGCUUUGAUAGGCAGAGUGAUUUGUGAAGCUCCCACUAGGUUGCAGGGCAAAGAUUUAAAUGAGACCACAGAGCAGGAGCUGUGUAAAAAGAACAGAGUAGAUUCCAGCCUAGCUGCUCCCCCUGCUGAAGAAGAAACCUGCGAUCCUGGUCCCAUUCCAACCCCCUUUAAAACACAUGGCAAAGAAGACCCUGCCACGCCAGGAUCUGCUCCAAACGGAGGUACAAAGAUUCCUGUCAACUGGCAAAUCAAGACCAAACCCACUGCUGCUGUGUCGACAGUGAGUGCGAAGAGCAAACUACCCACUACCUUUUCCUGCCCGCACAUCUGCAGCUGUGAUCAGAUCCCUGGCUCAGGUUUAAAGGUUAAUUGCAAUGAUAGGAAUGUGAGCAGCUUGGUGGAUUUGAAGCCCAAGCCUUCCCAUGUACAGGAGCUGUUUCUGAGAGACAACAAAAUACACACCAUCAGGAAAUCCCACUUUCUGGAUUACCGAAAACUUAAUUUACUCGAUCUGGGCAACAACAACAUUGCCACCGUUGAGAACAACACCUUCAAGAACCUCUUUGAUCUCCGAUGGCUCUACAUGGAUAGCAAUUACCUAGACACCCUGUCCCGGGAGAAAUUUGCUGGGCUGCAAAACCUGGAGUAUCUGAACGUGGAGUUUAAUGGGAUCCAGAUGAUCAUGCCUGGCACCUUCAAUGCGAUGCCCAAACUGAGAGUCCUCAUCCUCAACAACAAUCUGCUGAGGUCUCUCCCAGUAGAUGUGUUCGCCGGGGUCUCGCUUUCCAAGCUGAGCAUACACAACAAUUAUUUCAUGUACCUCCCGGUGGCGGGGGUGCUGGACCAGCUCACCUCCAUCACCCAGAUCGACCUGCACGGCAACCCAUGGGACUGUACUUGCCCUAUCGUGCCUUUCAAACAGUGGGCAGAGAUGCUGCGCCCCAAGGUGAUUAUGAGUGACCUGAGGUGUGAGUCCCCUGAAGAUUUCUUCAAGGAGGAUUUCGAGUCUCUCUCCAAUGAUGUGAUUUGCCCUCAGUUAAAAAUCUCUCCCACAUUAACUUCUAACAAAAACAGCACCGGGUUGACAGAGACAGGUACUCACUCCAACUCCUACUUGGAGACCAGCCGGGUCUCUAUUUCAGUGCUAGUGCCAGGGCUUCUGCUGGUUUUUGUGACCUCUGCCUUCACAGUGGUUGGCAUGCUGGUUUUCAUCCUGAGGAACAGAAAGAGGUCCAAGAGGAGGGAUGCCAACUCCUCUGCAUCUGAAAUCAACUCCUUGCAGACGGUCUGCGACUCGUCCUACUGGCACAACGGGCCCUACAGCGCCGACGGGGCCCACAGGGUGUACGAUUGCGGCUCCCACUCCCUGUCGGACUGAGGCGGCGGGCGGGGCGGGGGCGGCCGCCACCCGGGACCGGCCCUUCACGCGCCGGCCGGGGACAGCUCUGCACCUCCGCUGCUACCUUUUGUGACAAGAGAAACAGACACACGCACGCACGCCCUUCCUCACGACCCCUAUAGCAAGCGCCGAGGCCCAGUGGGCGGCGGGGGGAGCCCGGCGCCGGAGCGCAUCCCUGCAGCGCUGCGCAGCCCGGCGCGGUGCACACAUCCCCCGCCCGUGCGCAGCCGGAGCAGCGACAGACAGACGAGGAACAGCUUCCCUCGGCUCUGGCAGGGCGAAACACGGCUCCUGGUUUUGUUGGGCUUUUGUUCAAUCGUGUUGGGGUUUGAUUUGCUUUUUUGCCCUCUUCCCUUGUGGACCGACCCCUUUCCAAGAGGCCGGGAAAAUGAGAGGAUCAGAGGACUGGUGGUGGCCUCUUCCUGACGGCAAAGCAGGAGUGGAAAGUUGCACGAAGGCAUGAAUGUAAUGUAAAUAAAUGACUGCGAUUCUGAAACAAACAGACAAAUGGACAAAAAAAAAAAAAAAAAAAAAAAAAAAAAGUGCUGCAUGGCUCGCAUGGAUACAACGCACCCCAGGGACGCUCCAGCCCCCAACUGGAAGCAGCGUCUAGUUCACACCAUCAUCCCUCUUACCUGAUAAGUCCCUUCGUAUCAAACCUUCUAUAUACGAAAUACAGUAUAAUAAUAAAAAGUGCCAUUUCGCCUUUUUUUUUUUUUUGUGUGAUCAAUAGGCAGUAGAGAUCGUACUUUUACUGUGGAACAAAAUUGUAAAGAUUUUAUUUAAGACAUAGUUGCAUGAAUAUUCUCAUUGGAUUUUUUAAAUUUUCUUUUUAAUUUUAUGUCUAGGUGGGAAUUACUUUGCUGGGAGAGGUUUGCUUUGUUGAUAAUGGGUUGUGUUUCAUUUUUCAGGGGAGGUGGGGAGGGUAGGCUUUGGUUUUGUUUUCUCUCUCUUCUUUUUCAAUAUACAUAAUCAGUAUUGCCUUUCCAUCUGAAUGUAAAAAUUAGUACCCUUGAUUUCUAUUAUGGUAUCAGUGUAAACAUACAAAAAAAAAAAAUCCAAGGCAGUUAAGCAUGACCAAUUAAUGUCACUCUAGCGCUUAGGCUGCAAAGUUUAAUGGUAGAAAAUUCUGUGCUGUUGUAAAUCUUACUAUAACUUGAGGAAAACAGAACUGAGGAAGCAAGUGAAACUUACUAAUUCUAUUCGAGGAUUUUAUAAUGGCAUAUUUUUUCAGUAUUAAAGUGAAAAUGUUUUCAA